GGUGAACAUGAGAAAUAAAUAGUUUUUGUGUGCAAAAUUUCGAGUUCAGUUAAUUGAUCCAUUUGUAUCGAAUUGCAAGUAAUUAUUUUUGAAUUUGGCGCCACAUCAAUGCAAAGCAGCCACAAUAAAACAAGCGGUAUUGCAGCCCUAAUUGAAAAGCCGCUAAGCAACGCACAGCUGACGCACAGUGCUGUGUAGCCCUGCAAUCACCUAUCUAUUGACUAAGCCUGACCCAAGUGCAGCUCAGCCAUCAUGAAGAUGGGAAUGGGCUACACAGUACUCUCGCGAUUGCGAACCCUAGCACGCUACACAAUCGCCUACGCUUGUAUAACCCAUUGCACCUUUGAGUAUGUGGGGGACUUUGUUUUGUGCAAAGGACCCUCCAUGGAGCCAACGCUCUUCUCAGAUAAUGUGCUGCUGACGGAACGCCUAUCCAAAUAUUGGCGUAAAUAUCAAUCCGGUGAUAUUAUUAUUGCCGUUUCGCCGGUUAAUGCCAGCCAGUAUAUAUGCAAACGCAUUGUGGCCGUGUCUGGUGAGAAGAUAACGACACUUAAGCCACACCCACUUGAGGCGGAAUCAGCGUCAAAGCAGCCGAGUGAAAUAUCUAUGGUUACGGAUUAUGUGCCGCAUGGCUGUGUUUGGAUCGAGGGCGAUAAUAAGGGCAAUAGCUCUGAUUCACGUUACUAUGGGCCCAUACCGCUUGGACUGAUACGUAGUCGAGUCGUCUGUCGCAUUUGGCCACUCUCGGAGCUAACGGGCCUGUAGUGCCAACACAAGGCCAUAAAUUUAUAGUUGUUAACUUCUUUUUAAAUAUAAAUUAACGACCUGUACAAAUAAGAUGAAAAGCAUUCAUUGCCCUUUGCCCGUUUGGCAAUUUGACUGGCCCGUCCAGUGUUAGCUAAUGGAAAAGCCCAAGAAAAAAUUUUAAAUUGCAUAUUAACGACAACGCGCAACACUGUUAUCGAUAAAUGAAAUAACAAUUUAUCGAUAUUUAAUUUGUCCUUGGGACGUUAAUCUUAAAGCAGCAAGCAAAUUAAAAUUCAAAAUGCAUACAUUUGACUAAAAUUUAGCUACAGAUUUAUGUAGAGGGUAUGUACAAAAUUAAAACUAGACACAGUUACACAAUUGCACUAA